UUGCUACUAUAUCACUCCUGUCCUUACGAAGCACACUGGCACCAAAGAAACUCGAUACUUUGCUUGGUAUAAUCCGCAGCCCAACGACUACGAUGAUGUCUUGGUCUAACUUCCAUCUGAAGUCACCUACUUUAUUGUUGUGCUCGAAAUAAUAUUGCUAUUCGAACAUCUGUUAAGCCUGCUCUGAUCAACACACUGUCUCACUCUUCGUCUCAUCACACACCAAAACGCACCCCUAGAGAACGAGACUGAUGCCGCCUACAAAAGCCUGACAUAUCGAGACUGGUCCUUCUCUUUACCCCUCUCUUUCCUUCCCCCAUCUAGUCAGCUGCGCUGCACUAGAUCCCUGCUCCCUCUCCCCUUUCUAUACUAAUCACCUUUCAUUGCUCAUCGCAGCUGUGCUGCCCUUCAACCACGCUCUCUCUUUCCACUGCACUUUCAUCAUCACAUCCAUUAAGCAAUCAUGGUUCAACUUGCGCUGGCAGUCGCCUCGGUCCUUGUCUUGCCUUCUCUCUCGUCCAUCGGAGCAUACGCUGUUCCACUUCCUGCUGCUAUUGUCGUUCCAGAACAAGUUGUAGUGCAUUCACCUGAGAACGCAAUGUCCGCCGAGUUUGAGGCGAGGUUCAACCGGCCAAUGGCCUUUUAUCGCGAACGCGAGCUGGCGAACCAGGAGAAUAGCGGUUGGUCGUCUCGCCUCCAUCGUCGGAAACGCGCAGCCUUGGUUGCGGAGCAAAGCCUGUCGACAGAGUCAGGUGCAAUCAACCCGGCAGCCGUUCAAUUGAAGCCGACUUUCAUUCAGCGCCGGUCCAGGCCUGUGAAUCCAGUUGCAGCGCAUAUACGACCAUCCAAGCCACGUUUCGCGAGCGGCAAGGGUCGCAGGCAAAAUGAUGUGUAUGGUGGCAUGUACACAUCCAGUGUCUUGCAUGGUGCCAAUACCGGUAUUAAAGCCAGACAAGCGAGCGCGGGACCAGCAGCAGGAGUUCCCGGAAAGGUCAGCGUCGUGGCUGCGAGCAACUCGUCCCAACCGAAUGUCGACUUGACCAUCGCCGUGGACCCAAUUGCUAGUCUGGUAUUUUCCCUGGACAGCAAUUCGACAACCGGUGUUAUCAAGGCGACUGCUUCUGCCGACAACCAUACAACGCUUUACCUGACCCCCACUUCCUCCAACGUCACAACUUUGCCGGAUCCGUCUACCCUCCUUGUCAAUCUGAAAAUGGCUGUCUUUGAUCCGGACCGCGCAGCUCUGAUUCAAUACUGCGCCACCUAUGAUCCCUCUCCUUCGAAUGGAUCUUCCAUCACAGCCGAGCCAUGCCAGACAGUCACGGCAGCGCACUCUUCGCAAGUAUUCAUUUACUCUCCCGCGUCAGGUGUCGUCCAUCCGCUCUGGUCUCAGGAUAUGGCCGUUGUGGGCGGUUUGGGAGGCAGCAACAUGUCCUCUCUGUUCUCCAAUAGUUCUGGGGAUUCCGAUACCAACGUGAAGAUCACGAACACGACGUCGACGGUCAUAACACAAGCCGAUAGCCAUUACAUGACGAACGCGCUAUUCUCAGCUUCGAACGCGACAACUCCCCUCGCACCGGACAGCCAGUCUCUGUUUGAGCUCGUCUUUGUCCCCGACUCUGCCGAAUUCUUGGUUGCUGCUCCGGCGAAUGUUACAGAGGGGCUCAAUCCACAUAUGGCCAUGGUUGGAAGCUAUUCACAGUCGGCCCCACCGACGUUCACCGGUGCAGCUCCAACUAUGCCUUUGGCUGUAAAUGCGAGCUCAGUCCACUUAGCCGCCGCUCUUUUACCCAUGAUUCCAUUACCAGACUCAACGGACGGCACACCGGCACCGACCCCCACGGGGAGGAGAUGA